AUGUCGACUGCUCCAGCUUCUUCUUUGCCCUCAUGGCUCGCUUGGUACCUUGCCCAACUUGCUGCCAACCCUCUUCGCACCAAGGCUAUCACCAACAGUAUCUUGGCAGCCAACCAAGAAGCUGCUGCCCAAAAGUUGUCCGGUAGCAAGAGCAUCGAUAAGCGUGUGUUCCAAAUGGCUGCUUACGGUCUUCUCAUUGCUGGUCCCUUGAACCACUUGUUGUAUGAGAUUAUGGGCAAGUUGCUCGCUGGCAAGCCCGCCAAGCAAGCUAAGAUUGGUCAAUUGCUCUUCAGCAACUUCAUCAUCUCCCCUACCAUGAAUUCCAUCUACAUCAGUGUCAUGACCAUUCUUGCUGGUGCUCGUUCCUUUGACGAAGUCAAGAAGGCAUGGAAGAACGGCAUCUUGUCCAUGCAAAAGGUUUCAUGGUGCGUCUCCCCCUGCAGCAUGAUCUUUGCUCAAAACUUCAUUCCCCAAUUCGCCUGGGUGCCUUUCUUCAACUUGACCGCCUUUUUCGUUGGCACCUACUUGAACACCAUGAUCAAGAAGCGUCGUAUGGAGGCUGCUAAGAAGGAGGGCAAGGAGCAGUAA